AUGACUAUUUCAACUACAUUAACUUUAAGAAAACCUGUCAUAAGAAAAAGCGUUCAAGUCAUUCUUAUUUCUAGUAAACGUCAAAAGUUUUAAAGCCAUAUAUGUCCCAUACUAUUGUGAUACGGGUAAUUCCAUUGGACAUAUUUUUUACUUUAAAUAAUAUUUAUUAUUAGAAAGACAAGUUUUUGAAUUUAAGAAUACGAAUACCUACGCAUAAAAAAUACAAUUUUUUUUUUUUUUUGUGAAUAGCCUAAAAUUCUAAAAUAUCACAAAUCUUCUGCAUUUAUAAUUAAAAAUUCGAUUUCGUAAAUUAUUAUUAAACAUAAACUUAGGAUUUUGCAGUUAUUAUACGUAUAUAUAUUAAAAUUUAAAUAUUGUACUCCCGUAUAAUAAUAUACAAAUUGAAUAUCAUUGAGGCAUUAUGCAAUAUUCAAUCCAAAGGAUUCAAAGGAUCCAAAGGAAAGAUUACCACCCGGAAGUCAUCUACCAUGGUCAAUAUGGAAGACGCUAAAUAGGUUAAGAACCGAAACUGGAAGGACAGCGAGUAAUAUGGAAAAAUGGGGGAUAAAAGAGGAUGGAAAAUACGAAUGUGGUGGGGAGCAGGAUGUAGACCAUUUGUUUGCAUGCCCACUACUACCGAUUGAGUGUAGCAAGGAAGAAUUUUUGACACAUGAAAUUUCAGACAAGGCAAUACAAAUUGCUGCUUACUGGGAAGGGAAGGGAAUAUGA